AUUGCUUGUCGGCCAACCAGCGCUAGUCAUGACACGCCCCUGGAAUAUUCGUUUUCGGUGACUGAAUGCGGGUCAGGGGAUAAACAGUUUCUCGAUAAAUUUUACAUUGAUUUCGUAGCUUUCACUGAUUGAUGGUCUGAUCCAAGUUUGCUACAUUUUCUGGAUCAUUUAAAAUGACGGAGAAGCAGAUGGACUGCGCGUUAGAUUUGAUGAGAAGACUGCCGCCUCAACAGAUCGAAAAGAAUUUAAGUGAUUUAAUAGAUUUAGUGCCAUCGCUGUGCGAGGAACUUUUAUCCUCCGUCGAUCAACCCUUAAAAAUCGCGAAGGACAAAGAAUCUGGAAAGGAUUAUUUACUCUGCGAUUACAACAGAGACGGAGACUCAUAUAGGUCUCCUUGGAGUAAUACGUACGACCCGCCGUUAGAAGAUGGUUCAAUGCCUUCUGAGAGACUUAGGAAAUUAGAGAUAGACGCGAAUCAUGCGUUUGAUCAGUAUAGGGAACUGUAUUUCGAGGGUGGCGUCUCCUCUGUCUAUUUGUGGGACUUGGAUCAUGGUUUUGCGGCAGUGAUACUGAUUAAAAAAGCAGGCGAUGGUUCGAAAAAGAUCAAAGGUUGUUGGGAUUCUAUUCAUGUAGUGGAAGUUCAAGAGAAAACCAGCGGUAGGACCGCGCAUUACAAACUAACUUCCACCGCGAUGCUUUGGUUACAAACCAAUAAACAUGGGUCUGGGACGAUGAACCUUGGUGGGAGCCUCACUAGACAGGUGGAACAAGAUGCUCAGAUAAGCGAGAGUUCUCCGCACAUCGCCAACAUCGGUCGGAUGGUCGAGGAUAUGGAGAACAAAAUCCGAAACACGCUGAACGAAAUUUACUUCGGCAAAACGAAAGAUAUCGUGAACGGUUUAAGGUCCGUACAAUCUCUAGCCGACCAGAGACAACAGGCUGCUCUGAGACAAGAUCUCGCGGCCGCGUUGCAAAGGAGAAGCGCCAAUAAUUGAUCUUCCGAGGAAGAUGAGCUCUCCUUCAAUCUUGAAGAUUGUCAAUAAAAAAACAAAGAAAAAGAAGUAAACGAGAAAUCAUAAAUGAUGUAAUUAAGAUACGAAUCGCUCCAGUGAGCGACACUGCGGCGAAGAAUUUCGGACGGUUUCCUGUGAUAUACAGGGUGCAACGGUAAAGAUGAAUUUUUCCUGAAGUAUUAAAAAGAAUGAAUAAUUGAAUAUCAAUUAUUAAUUAUGUCGAGAUUUUGAAUAAAAUAUUGAGAGACAUUACGAGUGUCUGGAUUAUAUAUAUAUGUAUAUGAAUGUAAUGUAUACGUAUAAAUAUAUAGGAUGUGCUUAAAGGUAUGUAACACCUUAGCUGAAAUGUUGCAUUUAAACAUCAAGCCGACUUUACGAUGAUAAUACGUUCAUAGAAUACGAUAUAUUUUACAAGUUCUCUUUUUAAUAAAUUUAAAACAGUUUUAUAUACUUGUUUAUUGCUUUUGUGCAAUCUCUUUUUACUAAUUUAGAUAUAUGGACCUCUGUUAAGUGUUAGCGUUGAACAAGUAUUAUUAUGAAGCCGAGGUACAUUUUUAUAGUCCUUGUUUAUUAAUUUUAUAAAUCGCUGUAUAUUUCUCGUUAUACAUUUAUCCGAUCCGGAAAUUUACCUACGCGAAUGUACAGUCUUUAUAAUAAUACUCUUAACGCAUCUUCUCGUUUCUUAAUGAAAUUCAUCCAGUUAAUGUGCACAAUGUUUAGUAUACAUAGGUGUAAGUCGUCAAACAUAAUUUAUACUUGUAUAAACGUGUCUCAUUUUUACAACGAAUAAAUUUAAAUAGGAAAGCAGCUGCGUAUAUAUAUGUAUAUAUAUAUAGCACAUUCAAGAUACAUUCAUGUUACAUAUCUUUAAGAUGUUCUCCGUGUGAAUGAGUGUGCGUGUGUUUUACCCGUGUACGUGGUGGGCUCGCAUGUACGAGCAAAAUAUAUAUAUAUAUAUAUUUAUAUUAUAAUAUACAUACGUAUAUGUAUAUAUAAUGGCACUCGCAAUGUUUUUUUAAUCAUUAAUAACAAUUAUUAAUAAUACGAGAUAUAAGAGUAUUAAUGUUUGAAAAAUGUAGGAAUAUUAAAGAGAAUAUUUGCGAAUAAA